AUGAAACGAUCAAUACCUAUUAUAAUGAGACUUUCUGUUCCAGCCUAUACAGGUGAAUGUAGAAUGAAGUAAACGCGCGUCAAGAGUUCAUAGACCCAGUCAGCCUAUUAUCUCAAGUUUGUACACUUGAAUUUGCACGUAGUCAGUCGAUCGACAGGUAAAUAUUACGUGUUUUACAUUUCUUAAUACUGUUUUACACAUCGUCGAGCAAUCUUUGGUAUGAAUAGUGCAUAGUACAAUUCUUUUUUAGAACAUGUAUUAGAGAACUUUUUAUCGAAUGGUACGACAGUUAAGAUUGAUAAAUAUAAAAAUGAAGUAAUAAAAUUUCAAUUAUUUCUUACAAAUAUCAUACCUCAUUUUUUGUAAUUGAUUGCGAGUGUCAAAUAAUAUACAAAAAUAUAUAAAAUAUCGAACUUCAAGCGUUCCCAAUUAUAUGCAUUUCUUUCAUAUACAUAUUAUGUAUAAAUGUAUAUUCUAAUUGUAUUCUAUCUUUCUUUAUCUAUCUAUCUAUCUAUCUAUAUAUUUUAUCUAUCUUUCAUAUUAUGUAUAAAUGUAUAUUCUAAUGCAUAUAUGGUACAUUCUAUACAUAUAUUUAUAAGUAUAUCGCUGAAAAUAUGCAGUAACUUUUCUUUUACAUAGCGAACACCUUACACUGUAAUAUAGAAAAAUAUAUAAAAUGUUUAAACUGCAAUUACUCUUUUGAUAUUUCCUUCUCCCUCGUGAUAUUGUUCGUGUCUCACUCAUCAGACUGAUCCGGAAGUGGCGACCAUCGAAUAUGAUUUCUCAGAAGUGCAAAAUUCAUCGUUACACCGAUUUAAAAAUCGAUUAUUAUUGACAGAAGAUCGUUUUCCCGUGACGUGGAUGCAUUAAUGGGAUACGUGUCGUCGUAAAACAAUAGCCACCGGUUUUCUCUCCUCGUCUGACUCACCACCGCUAGAAAUUGGUUCCUCCUUGCACGCUGUCCUUCGAGAGAGAGAGGACUCUUGUCUCCGUUAGUGCGUGGCUCACCCUCACCGAUGACACUUUGUUCGCGCUCCGCGACAACUUCCUCCAUUCGCUGCCACGAAUUUCCAUUUUGUUCCUUCUCUACAGUGGCACGCAACAGUUCGUCAAACUUUCCACCUAACUUUGUGAAACGAAGCACACGUUUGAUUUUUCUCUACUUUUCCCCUCUUCUUCUUUUCUAACAAACCACUUUUAUUACACGUAUCCUUCAGUAUUUCCUCCCUUUUCCUUGCGUUACAAAUGGAUAAGCGGAUACACGGUUUCUCGCGUAAUUGGAAUUUCAAUGUUUGCCCUCUUGCUUGGUUGGACAUCCGUUUGUGAAUUAUUAUAGAGAAUAAGUUGUGAGUUUGGUGAGACAUUCUUUGGCUCUGUGAUUUAUUAUCUCUGUGAAAGAAAGUAUUGGAAGAGAUAUUGUGGAAGGAAGUAAAUCAUUUAUUGGAAGAGAUGAAUGCGGAGGAAGUAAAGGUUGGAUGCUUUCAAACAGUGAUCGUGUUGCUGCUUGGCAUUAAUUAUGUCAUCGUCGCCAUGAGCCACGCGCUCCCGGUGUUUCACAAUUACACGCCUAAAUUUUAUUGUCAGGCGAAGAAUGGGACGAAACGAACGUACGGUUGCCAAGAGCUUGGCAACGUGACUGUUGCAGUCAAUGAGUCUUCCGGUCUCAAAGAAUCCUCGAGUACCUCGAGCUUGUGCCUUGGCGAGUAUCAAUUUUCAACCGAAUUUGGUGAAAGCAGCGUUGUAACGGAGUGGAGUUUGAUCUGCGAAAAACAGUAUCUGACGUUCCUUGGCCCGACAAUUUAUUAUGUCGGGGUUUUAAUGGGCGCUUGGAUCUCCGGUCUCUUAGCUGAUCGAAUAGGAAGACUUCCGGUUCAAGCGAUUUGCCUUUACACUCAGGGCACGAUGGCCGUUGCACUGUAUGUUGUGCAGAAUUAUCCUACGUUCUUGGCUCUUCGAGGAUUACAAGGCGUGUUCGUUCAGGGUCUACAGAACUCUACGUAUAUUCUUUCUUUGGAAUUAUUCCCUGCGAAAGCGCGGACGUUCGUUGCGUUGGUCAUGCAAAUUGCGUGGGCCAUUGGUUUGAUACUUCUAGCUGCGCUCAGUUAUAUUAUACCCGAUUGGAGAAUCUUACAAUUGGCUGUCUCGGUUCCCACUGCCAUCACUGUCCUCUAUAUUUGGAUGAUACCAGAGUCGCCAAGGUGGUUGCUAGCAAAGGGUAAAACGACGGAAGCAGAUAUGGCAGUGGAGCGUAUCACAAAGUACAACGUGUGCUGCACCAGAUCGCGAAGGGAAAAUGCCAAAGCGGUGGCGAACGUUGUCGAAAACCUGACGCCGGUUAAGCCAGAGAGAAAGUCGCGGGUUUCAUGUACAGAUUUGAAGAAAUCGAAAACCGAUAGCGAAAUGAAAGAAGAAGCGGCGAAUUUAUUAAACAGCAACACCGACGCGGCUCAACAGAAAGUUCAAAAGACGAGUUUGAGAGCAAUUUCUGAGAACUUGCAAGGCAAGUUUCCUAAAACAGAAUCAGAACCGCGGCCCGAGCAACGCGAGAACGGAGAAAUAGAGAAGAGGAACACCGCGUCGAGUUCGAAGAGCCAUCGGAAAUCGAAAUCGAUAUCGCAGCCGGCCGGAAACCAACGACUCUCCAUGAAAGAUACGUACGACACUGUGGAGCUGCGAGCCCCGGUAAAAGAGGAGAUCUCACAGAAAGUCGACGAGGAGAAAUUUCACAAAAACGAUGAGAAAUCAAACAACGCUCAAACGAAGGAGGAAUUGUUGGGAUUAUUCAGAUCUGUGCGAUUAAAAAAAUAUGGGAUCGUAAUGAUUUAUCAUUUCACCACUUCCGUAGCGCAUUAUGUUUUCAUGACGCUUGUCCCUAGCUUUACUAUUAACAGACACGUAAAUUUCGCACUUGGGGGAGCAUUAGAGGUUGCAACUUACGUGUUUCUCUACUUCAUAUUAUCUAGAUAUGGUAGACGAUUACCGAUGUCAGCGUAUCAAUCAAUUACCGGUGCAAUUUGCAUUUUGUUUGCGGCUGUACUUAUCUUGUCAAGUCCCAACAAUGCUGUCGAUCUCACGAAGAUCACUAUGCUCCUGCUCGGUAAAAUAGCAGCGAUAAGUACCGUUUCUAUAACAUACUUGUACACGGUCGAGAUAUUCCCAACUGUGGUACGAGGAACUUGUUUAGGCUUGUGCACGGUUUUCGCAAAAAUCGGCAGUUUGUGCACGCCACAUGUACUAUCACUGGGGGAGUAUUUCCCAGUCACUAUUCCAUUGAUAAUUAUUGGAAUGCUCUGCUUAGGAUCUGGAGCACUUGCUUUAAUUUUACCAGAAACAUUGAAUCAAGUUUUGCCUGACACUACAGAGGAUUCUGAAUUACUGAUCGUUAAGAGGAGAGAAAAAAGCGAAAUAUUAAACAAUGAGACUGCCGUCGAAGAUACUUCAGAGAGAGAAAUACUUAGGGCAAAAUUAUUCUCUGAGGACUGGGUGGAUGCAGGAAAUGGCAUAUUAGUGAAUUUCACAGAGAAUAAAAAUUCUGAAUGA